UAAAAAAAAUUAAAAGUGCACUUGAAGGAAGUGAGAAUCUCUGCACUGCUGCUGGUACGAACACGAAAGAGGGACCUGCACUCAGGUGUGUGCGCGUGCAUGCACGUCGAGAACGCGCGCACAUGCCUUGAGCUGACUCGAGCAGUGUUCGAUUCGGUGAAGGAGAUCUCAACUUGCCACCGUCGUCGGACUUGCUCGCGUGGAUGCUGGAGCACGACCCGUUCCUGCACAAGGAUGCUGACCCCCAAGACCGCAGAGUCAUCAAAAUAUCGCUGAAACACCGGAUCAUCGAACUUUUAAUGCUUGCAUAUUAAUCUACAGACAGUCGCGUUUAAGUUUGGCGUGCCCAUCAUGUUUAGUUUAAGAGUCACCAGUGCCCUUUUGUGCGCCUGCCUACUACGGUUGUUCUCCGGCAUUAGCGGACAGACGCCGAACUGCCAGGAGGUUCGCGCUGUGUUUCAGACCCUGCACCCGGGAUCCAAGUGGGUCCCUGAAACCGCCGUGUCAGGUGCUGACCUGCAGGUUUGCCAAACCAAAGGCCCAGCCUGCUGUUCCAAAAAGAUGGAGGAGCGCUAUCAGUUUGCCGCUCGCAGCAACAUGGAGUCCGGCCUGCAGGUUGUCAGCGCUCAACUCAAACGUAUUAUCAUCCAGAAUGCUGCCAUUUUUCAAGAGGCUUUUGACUUGGUGCUGCGUCAUGGUCGAAACGCUACACUGGCUAUGCUCAAGUCGGAGUUCCCUGCUCUCGGAGGUGGAGCCCAGAGCUCGGUCGGGCAGCUCUUCCUGGACAUGUCUCUCUACAUCCUGGGCUCAGACUCCACAGUGGAUCACAUGGUGGCAGUGCUCUACGGCCGCCUUUUUCACAUGACAUACCGCCGCUUGCUCGGGGGCAGCGGGUCUUUGUCCGAGGAGUGUGUCAGAGAGGCCUGGAAGGACUCGGGAGCCUUUGGCCCUUAUCCCAAAAUGAUGAUGACUCGUUUGUCCCGCUCCCUCCUUGCAACACGAGUCUUUCUUCAGGCGUUGAACCUGGGCAUCGAGGUUGUCAAUACCACUGACCACCUGAGACCCGGUCGGGACUGUAGCCGAGCCUUGAUGAGACUGUGGUACUGUCCGCACUGUCAAGGCAUGAUUGGGCCGCCAGUCUGCAGAGGCUUCUGCCAAGCAGUGAUGCACAGCUGCCUGGGGGGAGCAGCCGAGGUGCAACCUCACUGGAAGACCUACGUGGACGGAUUGGGGAAGCUGGCAGCGGCCAUGAGCGGCGAGCAGGACAUGGAGGCGGUUGUCCUCAGACUUCCGGCUAUCAUUAAACUGGCUCUCAAACACGCAGUAAAUGCGCGCAGCCGUCUCAGCAGUGUGGUGAGCAGCAUGUGUGGACAAUCUCAGCAGCGGUCCACCCGCUCUGUCGUGUCCCCGCCUUUCAGGCAUCCCGCUGCUUCUGUGGCCCGCAAAACCCAAGCCUCAGAUCCCGAUGAGACCUUAGGAGGCCUCCGCAGGGAGUUCAUUUCCAAUCUGAGAGAAUUCAGCUCCUUCUACAGUGGGCUCGGGGAGUCUCUGUGUAGCCGAGAGCCGGCUCCAGCAAACCAUUCUCUCUGCUGGAAUGGGCAAGAAAUGACAGACAGGUUUUCGCCGCCCAGCCUGAAGCGGUCGGGUUCUGAAUCCCGGAGCAACAAGCCCCUCGAGCCUGUCAUCAGUCAGAUGAUAGACAAACUCAAGCACAUCAACCAGCUGCUGCGGCAUGUAACGGUAUCUGAAAAGCGCUGGAGGGCCCGGACGCGCACAGGUGGCAUUGACGGAUGGAACGACGAAGGCGAAGAGGGAUUUCAAAGCGGCGACUGUGAUGAUGAGGACGAAUGCACUGGCGUGUCUGGCCUGGGACCACCCCCGCGACGCAAACGGUUACGCGUCUUUGCAGACCUUGCUGAUAACCUGGCUAUGGAUGACUUCACCUUCCAGGAGCAGCUUUUGACCCCUCGGUUGGCCACAGCUGGAGUUGGAGAUGUCUCUUCACCUGGGAUUGCACUGCAGAGCGUCUACCUAGUCUUGAUGGUGCUGGUCAGUCUGUGUUUCCUUCUUCUGUCUCAGCACUGAGCGUCUGCCCUGCGAGCUCACUUGCACGCAUUGCAAACUCUAUAGAACAAGAGAAACUUAUUCUUCCAGAGGCACGGUUCCGAUAAGAUUUAAGCAUCAGACAAGGCUCCAUUCUCUUGAACUUUGGAUUGUUUUUUAAAGCACAACUGAUGAACUCAGUAUGGUAUGUAAAUAAGAAGUUCAUUCUCUGCCUCUCCCACGAUUACCAAAUGAGAGUCCUGCAGCAUCCCCACUCUAAUUCUGAUGUCCCCACUCUGAUUCUGAUGUCCAAGUCUUCUCUUUUUACUGAACAUUGUCAUUGACUGGCAAGUGAAGAUGGGAGUUCUGUCGUUAAACCUUUCUUUUAAUGCUCCCUGUCCUUGUCUGCACUGAAUUACCUCCCGCCUUACCUCCCACAAGAUGUCACCCACAGAAGUUAUGUCCUCGAGGGAGCCAAAUAAUUUUAGACUGGUUGCUCUUACCGGCUCGCCACAAAAGGAGUUGAGGCCUGAGAGUAUAUGUACAAACUGUGUAAAUUUGUCUUUGUUGGUUCCAUGUUUUCAAAAUAUGUUCGUUUCCAAUAUUAACAUACUGUAUUUAUUUCAUAAGCCACCGA